GAGAGAGGUUGAGUGCCAGAGGUUGGAAUUUGUAGGAAGUGGGCAGGAUAUGCAUGACUGGUCACACUUGCAGAUGCUGUACAGCUGACAUGACAUGUGGUUUGAGGUAGAAUGAGCCCAGACUCUGGGGAUGAGUGACCCCUUGUCCCCGCGGGCCCCCAGAAAGGGCAAAAUUGUCAAUAUCAGGAUCAAGUUUUUGGAUGACACUGUACAUGUUUUUCAAGUCCCGGUCAAGGACAUUGGGCGGUCCCUAUGGGAGGCAGCAGUUCAUCAUCUACAGUUAGUGGAGAGUGACUAUUUUGGACUGCAAUAUGAGGAUUCUCACGGACUCAAGUGCUGGCUGGACAAUGAGAAACCGGUACUGAAACAGUUACCCUCCCCUGACUCACCCCUGGAGUUCCUGGUGAAGUUUUACACUCCAGAUCCAGGCAUGUUGGAGGAGUACACCAGGUACCUGUACAGUCUUCAGAUCAAGAAAGAUCUAGCUAAUGGAUCCAUGGUGUGUAGCGAGAACACAGCGGCUCUGAUAGCCUCCUACAUUGUUCAAGCUGAGAUUGGGGAUUUUAUCAUUGAGGAGUAUCGAGAUUACACGUACUUGAAGGUAUUGGGUCCAUUUGUACCAAACCAAACGGAAGACAUGUUGAAGAAAGUCGCAGAGUACCACAAGCAACACAUAGGAGAAAGCCCUGCUGAAGCUGAGGCAGGACUUCUAGAUACAGCCAGAAAAGUAGAAACUUAUGGAAUGAAACUUUGUCCAGCCAGGGACCACGAGAAUGUGACCUUGAGUCUGGCAAUAGCUCACAUGGGCAUCUUAGUCUUUCAGCAGUUCACUCGCAUCAACACAUUCUCAUGGGCAAAAAUACGGAAACUCAGUUUUAAGCGAAAACGCUUCCUCAUUAAACUUCAUCCAGAAACAUACGUUAGUGGACAGAAAGGUUAUUACAAAGACACAGUGGAGUUUUUCUUUGACAGCAGGGAUUGCUGUAAGAAUUUUUGGAAAAAGUGCUUGGAACAUCAUGCUUUUUUUCGCUGCCAUAGAAUCAAACCAGUGCCAAGAAACAAGACACGUCUAGUUAGUCAUGGAUCUUCAUUUAGAUAUAGUGGAAGGACACAGAAACAGCUGAUGAGCUAUGUACGAGAAAACCCCAUUACUCCACAGUUCCAAAGAUCUGUUAGUGGUAGGAUCUCUUCAAGUCGUAGUACGAGUGUUACACCAAAGAUCGCCUCAAAGACGAUGAUCCAUAACACACCGGACACCAAUAAUAGCCUGGCAUCUAGUGGUUCCCAUGUGGUGCAGAUGGAGAGAGUGGUGUCCCCAGGCAGGAGUGACCACAAUGAUACCCAGAGUAUGGACAGUUCACUCUCUGGAAGUCAUUCCCUCCACUCGCCGAAACUGGAUCACGUCCAGAGGAGUCGGGAAGGGACCCCCGGGGCUGAGGAAGAGGUUGACCAGGAGAGAGAAAACAAUGCUCUCAGAGGUGCCAGUUUUAUUGUUACUAACUCUGAAUGUUUAGAUACUAAUUCCCAUAUAUUGUCAGCCAAUCAAAAUGUACAUGACAAUGGUAACCUUGUAUCUGUUAAUCCUAAAUUUUCAGGUGGUGGUGGUGGUGGAGGGCAAGAUAGUUUAUGUGCUAAUAAUGGGGAGAUUUCUUUAGUUGAUAAUGAUAUUUCUACAGGGAUAAGAUCAAGAGAAAGAAAUCUUUCUCUUGACCAUUCAGGGAAUGUUUCUCACCUUAAAGAUGGCAAGAAAGUUAUGUUUGCUGAAGAUGUGAAAGAUUCAUCACCACCUUCAGAAACGUCAGAUUCUUCUACAGAACAGAAACAAAUUACAAGUCAAGCUGGAAAGUUUGUUAUUACAUUAAAUGAGGAGAUACCAGCGGGGACUUGUAUAACUGUCAGUGUGGAGAUGUCACCAGUGAAGGAAAUACCUAACUCUUUAGUGGAGAAUGAUAGUAGGACAAAGAUGGACACAGUCGAUCAGUGUGUUGUAAGUGCUAAUUCUCAUCAGGAUCCAGUGGAUCAUUGUGAACCAUCUGCAGCAUCAGGAAGUGUGGAGGAGGACAAGUCAGUGAUGAAUACUUCCCCUCAUGGGGCUUCUCCUGAGGCAGACAAAAAUGAAGUCAGCAGCUCAGAUGAUCUCAUUGAAGACAUUCCAUACUACCUAGAAAGGAGGCUGUAUGAAAAUAAUGGAGCAGAUGUUCAAGAAACAACAAAAAGUCCUCCAUUUAUCAGGCGUGGAAGAAGCUCCAAAAAGAGGAGACCCACUAAUAUGCAGAUAGAGCAUGUUAAGGUGUAUGAGGGGGGAAGCGAGUCCAGAAAUGAAUCCCCUGUGUCUGGGAGGUCUGUUUCCUGGGAUAAGGUGACAAGUAAAAGUAUGUCGCCAUCAGGUAGGUCAGUGCUGAGUAGAUCCCCGUCCACUGGACCACGACAUUCCAGUAAAUCCUCCCUAGAGAGGUCCCCAUCAUGCAACAGAAAGUUGGAGAUCGUUAACAUCCACAGACUCCCACCAAAGGACAGCUUCUCAUCUAUAGAUGAUACCACUAGCCCAACUCUGGAGAGGGAUGUCAUCAGACACAUACAGACAAGGGGAAUUCUCAGCAAGAGUUUGUCUUUCAGAGGAGAGAAAGACAGGAAGGUCAAAAGUCCAAAUCUGUGCAAAAGUUCAUCAUUUCAUGGGGAAAGAGAUAUCAGGAAUAAGAUUCCUAAUGGGGAGGUAAAAUUUAUUGGUGAACUUCACAGAAAAAUGAGUGAAAUUGCGGGAAAGAAAAAACUGGAGGAGGAGAAACAAGAUACUUGUUACAAAGAAAUAAAGCUAGAUGAGGAAAAACAAAAUAAAUGUUAUAAAGAGGAGGAGUUAAUGAAUAAAACUGAGAAAGAUAAUAAGUCAGUAAGUCAUGAGGUAGAGGAAACUAGAACUCAUAAACAGGAGGGUGCCAGAUGUGAAGAGAUGCCUGUGUGCCUGGUCCAGGAGCUUUCUGAAUGUAUCAGACAAGAUCUAGACCAGCCCUCACAAGCUGCAGCUUUCCUGAUUCAGGAUAAAGACCCCCCUUCCAGAAUGCCCAACUUAAAAAACAUCACAUUUUCUACAUUCAAACCUGUGGAUAUUUCCACAGGACCUGACUCUAAGCCUGGAAGCAGUGGACUGCGUGAUUCAGAGACUGAUACUAAGAGCGACUAUGGUUCACUUCCCUCUGCUAAACAUGCAGACAGCAAGAAGCCAUUAGAGAUCCAAAUGCAGCCAGGAGAUGUGGUUUUCAACCCAACAAAUACUAAAGUUAAGCCUGUCCAGUCAGAGGUAGAUCAGAGAGAUAAGUUUUAUGGUCCUCAGAGACCAAGAAAAGUAAGCUUCCACAGAGAAAGAGGCUACAAAUAUAGCUUUGAAAGUGUGAAUGAUCCUCCAGCAUUUGCCCUAGUGGAUCAUUUUGAUGACUUGUGUCAUAUUGAUACAGCUAGACAAGGUCCCUCCAAGUCGGAGUCUACAGAUGUUCUGGAUGUCCUUGAGAGUUUGGAAGAUGAAGAUAUGGUGGAAUCUGACACGUCCGAGUCGUGCACAUCCUCUCUAGACUCAAACGGCCAAAGUGAGCACAGCAGCAGUGAUGAAGAAAGUCACAAGCAGGACGAGUUCCUGAAAUUUGCCAAGAGUCUGGCAGACUCAGGGAAAGAAACCACCAAAGAUUCUGGUGUUGGGGUGGAUGAAGGUUUGGUGAGAGAUCUCUCACAAGAUGACCCUGGAGAAGAGGAUAAGAAGGCUGAGGAGGAGAAAAGUGUACACAAUGGGAGAUCCUCCUCAGACACCCUCCCUGUGAUCCCAGUAUCUCUGACAGACUCGAGUCUGAGCUCUGUGGAGUCAGACAGUGAUAGACCCCCUGGGUCUAAGAGAUACAGUCUUGAUCCCUUGGCUGACCUGGAGAAUCCCAAUGUAGCAGACGUCAACACCUCAUUCAGUGAUUCUUCAUUAGAGGAGGAUGAGGAAUGUGUAACAGAACAGAAAGGAGGCUUUGUCAUUCCGACCUUGACCUUUAGUCUCCCUUCGAGCCCUGAUGUUUCUGUUGGGAGUCCACAAGGAACAAACAACGAAUUUGGUUCAUCUUAUUGUUGAUGAUAUGAGUUUCUAGCUUUGUAAUUUGUAAAUUGUAGAAAUUAUUAUUUU